AACAUCGUUUCAGAUUUCAGAGCAAAAGUCUCUAAAACCCAAAGCCUCCACUCAAUUGCCUACUUCGAAAAUUCCAGCUUCUUCUUUCAAAGCCUUCAAAGUUAUCAAAAUCCCCUUUUCUUCACUUUAUACAUUUCUCUUCCUCUUUCUUCUUGAACAAUGACUAAAGAUGAAGACUUUAAGCUCCUAAAAAUCCAGACAUACUCCCUCAGAGUCAACAUUCACUGUGAAGGUUGUAACCAGAAGGUUAAGAAACUUCUUCAGAGAAUCGAAGGAGUUUAUCACGUUAAGAUAGAAGCAGAACAUCAAAAAGUAACCGUAUCAGGCUCAGUUGACUCAGCCACACUCAUCAACAAGCUCAUUAAAGCCGGCAAACACGCCGAGCUCUGGUCCCCAAAUCCUAACCUCAACAACCAUCCUCAGAAGCCCAAGACUAAUGACGUCAUCAAAAACGCAAAUCAAAAGGGUCAAAAGCAAGGCUCUGCCAAAACUGGCCUGGAAGCCUUCAAGCCCAAGAACAACCCUAAAGGUACCGCCUUUAUGACGGAGGAUGAAGAUGAAGACGGCGGAGAAGAGGAAGAAGACGGAGAGGUUCAGCUACCAAAACCGGCUAAUCAACAGCAAAAACCCGUCGCCAACUCGAAGAAAACCGGUGGAGGAGGAGUUCCAUUGAACAAUGGAAACAACGGAGUCAACGCAUCCAAGAAAGUCAACCAAAAACAGAGCAGCCAAAACCAGAACAGUCAAGCAAUGGCUGCGGCUAUGAGGAUGAGAAACGCCGGGAAAGUGAGCUCUGGUGUUGAAAGCAACGAGAUUGGAGCUCUCAUGGGCCUUGCUGGAUUUAACGGCGCCACAAACGCUGCCGUGAAUCCCCCAAAUGGGAUUCAACAACUUCAUCAAGCUCCACCGUUGAACAACAUUAACGGUGUCACUAAUCAAAACCUAAACAAUGGCAAUGGACUAGGAGGCAUGAUGAUGAACAUGAAUGGAUACAGCAAUCUUCAUCCGAUGAACAUGCAGAAUAGGCAGUUGAUGCAUCAUCACCAGCCUCAACAGAUGAUGUACCAAAGAUCAGCUUUUGUUCCAGCACCAAGCAAUGGGUAUUAUUACAAUUAUACCCCUAAUCCCUACAGUUAUUAUCCUUAUUACCCUUAUCCGACUGAGAAGCACCAGCAGCAUCAAAGUAGUCAUUCGUCUGCAACAAACUUCUCUAGUGAUGAGGACACUAGCAAUAACAAUAGCUGCAACAUCAUGUAAAUGUGGUUGCUUGGAAAAGAAGUUAUCUUUUGUGCUUUGAGGAGCAGGGCUAGAAAGUUUCAUCUUUUGUUUUGUUAAUGGCUAAUGUGAUAUAUUAACAGUGUUUGAAGUUCUUUUUAUCCC